GUGCGCCCGAACCCAGAUAUGGACCAAUGCCCUCCCGCCGUUAACGUUUGAAUUGUCCUCUCUUACACCGGUGUCUUCCCCAGACACACAGCUCGCUUGCAUAUGUACACGCCCGUCCAUGCUUACAACGUCGUACCACGUCGUGGAUCCCCUUUUUUUUUUCUUUAUCUUCCUCUCUAUCUUUCCGAACCCCUGGUUCCCCCUCCUUCUCGCGUGGAGGUAACCUGGGAAACGGGCCUAUGAGGUGAGGCAAUUCUCGAUCGUGUCAGGCAACGAGGGCCCCCAAUUCGAACAAGUUCGACUCCUCCAGGUGGCAUCGGCGACGGGGUUGGAGAGGGGAAGAGAGGGAGAGACGAUAAGGAUGACCAGACGCAUGGGUAGUUAGAUAAGAUAUCCUUCUGCAGAUCUUUGUCUGCUGGAUAGUCCCUGGUCUUAACUGGGUUACAUACGCCUAUAUAUAUCGUCAAACGCCUACGGAGGGGUGGACAGUAUGGACACGCGAUCCCCUCACCACCACCACCACUGCGGCACCUUCUCGACCCCGGAGGACACCGCCACCGCCACCACCACCUAUUCCAUCGCUACUACCGUACCUACUACCACUACUACCCCUACUACCCCUACUUUUGGCCACGCGGCCUGUCGCGGACGCGGGCCCGCAUCUGGUGCGAGACAACCCGACAGCGGGGCGACGACACCGAUGGCGUCUCGAAGCGAGCAUGCGCCGUCGCCGAAGAAGCCCGGAGCGGACGCCACGCUCACCGAGGCUGUUCAGCAAGAACACGCGUUGACUUUCUGGGAGGCCGCGCGGUUGUACCCCAAGGCCGUUGGCUGGUCCGUCUACGUCUCCAUCGGCGUCAUCAUGCUGGCCUUCGACCCCCAGAUCGUCGGCAACAUGUUUGCGAUGCCUCAGUUUCAGAAGGACUUUGGCUUCGAAUUUGAGGGCGAGUACAUCAUCUCGGCGGCUUGGCAGACGGGUCUGUCGCUCGGGAACCCCGUCGGGCAGGUCGUCGGCGCGCUCUUCUCGGCGUACCCGAUGGAGGUGUUCGGUCGCAAGCGGACCUUCUUCGGCUGCGUGGCGCUGACGGCGGGCCUCGUCUUCAUCCAGUUCUUCGCGCGGUCGCUGCAGGCCCUGCUCGUGGGCGAGCUGCUCGGCGGCCUCGUGCUCGGCUGCUUCGUCGUCAUCGGCCCCACCUACGCGUCCGAGGUCUGCCCGAUGGCCCUCCGCGGCUACCUCACCAGCUACACGAACCUGUGCUUCGUCACCGGCCAGCUCCUCGCCAACGGCGUCACCGCCGGCACCGCCUCCAUCGCGAGCCACUGGGCCUACAGCGUCCCCUUCGCGCUCCAGUGGUUCUGGGUCGCCGUCAUCGUCCCCGGCAUCUUCUUCAUCCCCGAGAGCCCCUGGUGGCUCGUGAGGAAGGGCCGCACCCAAGACGCUAGGGAUGCCUUGUGUCGGCUGUCGUCCCCCGCGGUCGACGUCGACGCGGCGCUCGCCGUGAUCGCCGAGACAGAUAGGCUCGAGCUGGAGAUGGAGGCCGGCAGCACGUACCUGGACACCGUCCGGGGCGCCAACCUGCGGCGUACCGAAAUCUCAACCGGCGUCUACACGACGCAGGUCUUGAGCGGCAUUUACCUGAUCGGCUACGGCACUUACUUCUUCCAGCAAGCAGGGCUGCAGACGCAAGACGCCUUCUACAUGGGCAUCGGCUUCUUGGCCGUGGGGUGGGUCUGCACGGUGCUGUCGUGGUUCCUGCUCGCGCGCUUUGGUCGCAGGCGCAUCUUCAACGUCGGCCUGUCGGUCUUGAUCGCGCUCAUGUUCGUCAUCGGCAUCCUGGACAGCAUCCCGGGCCGGCCGCCAGGCGUCGCGUGGGCCGAGAGCUCGCUGAUGCUCGUGUGGAACGGCGUCUACGAUCUCUCGGUCGGGCCCAUCACCUUCGUCAUCCUCGGAGAGUGCUCGGCGACGCGGGUGAGGUCCAAGACGAUAGCGGUGGCGACGGCGGCCCAGGCCGUGGUCGGCAUCGGGAUGACGGUCGCCAUCCCCUACAUGAUCAACCCCUCCGAGGCCAACAUGCAGGGCAAGCUGGGGUACUUCUUCGGCGGGCUAGGUGUGCUCUGCCUCGUCUGGGGUUACUUCCGCAUCCCAGAGACCCAGGGGAAGACGUACGAGGAGCUGGACCUGCUAUUCGAUAGGAACGUGCCGGCGAGGCAAUUUAAGAAUUACCGGGAUGAUUCGGUUGCUAUCUUGACGGAGGGCUGAGCGUGGCCUGACGCGGGUGAAAUAGGAGCCGAUACCAAGGUGGCUUGGACUCGUCGUUCCUUCUAGACCGCUGUAACAUAAUCUAUUGUUCUUUUGCGCGCUUGUAGGUGCAAGGGAUAGACGGUGACUUAUGUCGUAUUAAGGAGUCCCUGUGACGCUAUUCGUGCCCGAUCGACACCCGACGAGGCCCAGCAGGCACGAAGGGCACUAAUUACCGAAGGAUCGCGGAGUGGCUGAAGGCUUCACCUGACUUUCGACGGCCCUCGUACAGAGCGGCUCCGUUCCGCGAGCCUCCUCGGUGAGACAUUCGGGGAGCUGUUGCAGUACCACGUGGUGCAGUCCUAACCGAUGACCGUCUGUGGUGGGUACGCCGCUAUCUUCGCGUAGCCCGUCGCUUGGGCUCUCUUGGCCCGAAGGCUUAUCAAUGGGUGUCUCAAACGUGGGCUGGCUUACUGGCUCUCUACUCAGUAGAAGGGUC